AAAAUGCUAACUCAGUUCCGGGUUUUAGGGCUCACCACUAAAUGCAUUAACCAUCAACACUUGUUGCUUUAAGGGGAGGAGGCGUAUCAUGUCAGAGGAUGGCCCUUUUAUUUGAAUAUACGCUAGUUCAGCGGGGCUGGCGUUGGGUUGCGUAGUGUGUUUUUCGGCUUGGGAAGCGAGUAUACCAGGACACCGUGAUUGUCGGUAAUGCUUACCAUCCUGGUCUGUAUUUAACGUUUGAAUGAUAUCAUUUAGCUAGUAAGGUGUUAUUGCACCACGCGCUCACACAGAGGGGAUUGCACUGCUUGCUAACGAGAAUAUGGACUUGCACAUAUUGGACCACAGGCUACGGGUCACCAGUAUAUCCAAGAAUGGACUGGCGAAUUUCACACACUCACUGAUUAAACUCAUAUUUCUCCGGAACAGGACACGAUGCAAGUUUUUCAGUCUCACGGAGACACCAGAGAACUACACAGUUGUCCUUGAUGAGGAAGGAUUUAAAGAGCUCCAGCCCUCAGAGCAUCUCCAGGUAGAGAGCUCCAUCUGGCUGCCGUUGAAUGUGGUCUCCAACGGCAACGCCUCAAGCAGCUCACAGGCUGUCGGUGUGACCAAGAUCGCCAAGUCGGUCAUCGCCCCACUGGCCCAGCAGCAUGUCUCUGUCUUCAUGCUCUCCACUUAUCAGACUGACUUUAUCCUGGUAAAAGAGAAAGACCUGUCUGUAGUCAUCAGCACUCUGGAAGAAGAGUUCAAUAUCUACAAGGAGGUGAAAGGAGAUUGUGUCCCUGUGCAUGGCCAGGAUGUUUCCAAUGGCCUUCAAAAGAACGGCAAAGAAGCCAUCCAGCCUACAGUUCACCCAGUGCUGAUCCCAAAGAACCACUUCUGUGUCAUGUCCUUGGACCCGGACACACUGCCGUCCAUUGCCACCACACUCAUGGAUGUUCUCUUCUAUUCCACCAGUCCUAAAGAGGACAUGCAGUCAUCUCCCAGCCAAGACCUGGACUGUAUCAAGUUCUUUUCCUUCUCCCUUAUCGAUGGCUACAUCUCACUGGUGAUGGACACUGAGGCUCAGAGAAAGUUUCCUGCAGAUCUUCUCUUCACCAGCUCCUCUGGGGAGCUGUGGAGAAUGGUUCGCAUAGGGGGACAACCGCUGGGCUUCGAUGAAUGUGGUAUAGUUGCUCAGAUAUCUCAGCCUCUGGCUGACAGUGACAUCUCUGCCUAUUACAUAAGCACCUUCAGCUUCGACCAUGCUCUGGUCCCCGAGGAGGACAUAGUAAGUGUGGCAGACAUGCUCCAUCAUCAGAGGAAUGAACCAGCCAACAGCUGAUUUCUGAAGUUACAUCUGAGCUGGGCGAUCCUGGCUGCCAGUGGCCAGGAGUGGCAGGUCAGCAGGCAAGGAGGUUUACUCUGUGCCUAGACUAGCACUGGACUGCUAGCAGUAUUACCUACUAUAAACUUGCAAUGAAGCGCUUCUUUGUGGCGUGCACAUACAUUUUGCCUGUGAGGCCUCCUGUCUUACCUUUCCCAAGGCAGGAUGCACUGAGUCCCAGAGGGCCCACCAUGUCGCACAAGCACACCAAAAUGCAAAAAAGUGAGACCUAUAACCAUGAAUGAUGGACUCUCUUGCUCUCUUAUAUAGAGACUCGUUGAAUGGUCUGAACUGUUUAUUUUGCUACAUACAGCAGAACACACAUAUAUUUCACCGGUGGUAUAAACAUAACAGUAAUGUUUAUAUCACAAUGUUUUAUGAAGAAUCUUAGUUUGGAAGUAGUCUGGAAUUUUCAUGCAAAAUGAAACUUUUUGUUUGUUUAAACAACACGGCUCUCCCAUUUCAGAAUGUGCAGGUAGUUCUUGUGUAUUCACUGCUACAAUUUUUUCUUUUUCUUUUGGUCAGCAUAUCCUAACUAUAGGUCAUUAACACUAGGUCUUUUUGUUAUUUGCACAAUAGACUUGUUAGCUAAUAUCACUUGGACGUUUUCUUUGGUAGAUCUACAUUUUGUACAAUUUAAAGGAAAAAGUAUUCUAUAGAAAUGUAUAAUUUUUGUGCUGCUUCAUUCAAUAAAGAGUAUAGAAAACAGGAA